AUGCUCAACAACCAUUGUUUCUCAAAACCACAAAUUUUAGACCUCAUCAAAAGAGAGCCCCGACUGCUUUUGGCUAAUCCUGAGAAAAACAUUUUGCCAAAACUGAAUUUUUUUUACUCUGUAGGUUUCUCAAAGCCUGAUGUUGCUUGUAUGUUUUCCCUAUGCCCUCGUAUUUUAAAUAGAAGCUUAGAAAAGUGUAUAGUCCCUACUUUUAAUGAACUUAGCAAUCUGGUUCAAUCUAGAGAGAAGACUAUCAGUAUUAUUAGAGGCAAUUUGCGAAUUCUGUCUGAGGGUAUGAACAUUAAUGUUGCUCCUAAGAUUGAUAUUUUGCGAAGCUGUGGUGUGCCUGAUUCAAAUAUACACAGAUUAUUAUACAUGUGGCCUCGUGUUUUUACAACAAGGACUAGUGGUUUUAAAAAUGUUGUGGAGGUUGUAGAAGAAAUGGGUAUCAAUCCUUUGAAAUCGCAGUUUGUUGUAGCAAUUGCGGUGAAAUUGACAGUCAACAAAUCCCUUUGGGAAAAGAAACUCAAUUUUUAUAAGAUGUGGGAUUUGUCGGAGGAAGAGAUUUUAGUAGCAUUUCGAAAGUAUCCUUUUAUUAUGUUGACAUCUGUGCAUAAGAUUAUGGCAGUGAUGGACUUUUUUGUGAAAAAGAUGGGUUGGGAGUCUGCUAUUAUUGCAAGACGCCCGACUCUUAUUAAUCUGAGCUUGGGGAGGAGGAUCAUUCCCAGGGCUGCAGUUAUUCAAUUUCUGUCAUCAAAAGGUUUGAUUGGUAGGAAAUAUACUAAAAUGCCAACAUUGUUCACGUAUUCUGAAGAAACCUUUCUGCAAAGAUUUGUGAAUUCUUAUGAUGAAGCUCCCCAGCUGCUUAAACUUUACAAAGAGAAGUUAGAUCUUUCAAAGAGAGCAAAAUCACCUGCAUAA